AUGUUUGUUUCACCACCUCCAGCAACAGCGAGGAACCAAGUAUUAGGGAAAAGAAAAUCGAAAAGACAUGACGAAAAUCCAAAGAAUGUUCAACCCAACGCUGACACAGAAAUGACAAAUAGCGUUCCUUCUAUUGGAUUCAACAGCAAUCUUCCACAUAAUAACCAAGAAAUAAACACACCAAAUCACUAUAAUUUGAGUUCCAAUUCAGGAAAUGUUAGGAGCAACAACAAUUUUGUUACUACACCACCAGAAUAUGCAGACAGGGCAAGAAUAGAAAUCAUAAAAAGGUUAUUGCCUACUGCAGGAACUAAACCUAUGGAAGUGAACAGUAAUACUGCAGAAAAUGCAAAUAUCCAACACAUAAAUACCCCGGACAGUCAAAGUUUUGUUUCAGACCAUUCAUCUUCAUACGAAUCGAGUAUAUUUUCACAGCCAUCUACUGCUCUUACGGACAUCACCACAGGCAGCUCGUUAAUUGAUACAAAAACACCUAAGUUCGUCACAGAAGUAACACUUGAAGACGCUUUACCCAAAACAUUCUAUGAUAUGUAUUCUCCCGAAGUUCUGAUGUCUGAUCCAGCAAAUAUACUUUAUAACGGACGUCCUAAGUUUACAAAGCGCGAAUUGCUGGACUGGGAUCUAAACGAUAUACGAUCCUUGUUAAUUGUGGAACAAUUAAGGCCAGAAUGGGGUUCCCAGUUACCGACGGUAGUGACCUCCGGUAUAAACUUACCGCAAUUCAGACUACAAUUACUUCCCCUAAGUUCCAGUGAUGAGUUUAUAAUAGCGACAUUGGUUAACUCAGACUUAUACAUAGAAGCAAAUCUAGACCGCAAUUUUAAGUUGACAAGCGCAAAAUAUACAGUUGCAUCAGCAAGAAAAAGACAUGAAGAAAUGACUGGGUCAAAGGAACCCAUUAUGCGUCUAUCAAAGCCUGAAUGGAGAAAUAUAAUUGAGAACUAUUUAUUAAAUGUUGCCGUCGAGGCCCAAUGCAGAUAUGACUUUAAACAAAAGCGCUCCGAAUACAAGAGAUGGAAAUUACUAAAUUCAAAUUUGAAAAGGCCUGACAUGCCGCCUCCAAGCCUCAUACCGCAUGGUUUUAAAAUACAUGACUGCACUAACUCUGGUAGUCUUUUAAAAAAGGCUUUAAUGAAAAAUUUGCAACUAAAAAAUUAUAAAAAUGAUGCUAAGACAUUAGGUGCUGGUACACAGAAAAAUGUCGUUAAUAAGGUUUCUCUAACUUCAGAGGAGAGGGCUGCCAUCUGGUUUCAAUGCCAAACACAGGUUUAUCAAAGGUUGGGGUUAGAUUGGAAGCCUGAUGGAAUGUCCUAG